AUGGUGGGCCUGGUGGCCUUGGAGCGUGGUGCGCUUGAACGCGAGCGCCGCAUGCUGGCCCGCAAAGCUCGGUCGGCCCUGACCAGCAUAGAGCAGCAAAUUCUUGCGACGGCUUGGCAAGAGUAUGCCACCGCUGCCAACCUUGAAGACUUUCUGCUGAACCUCGGCCGAGUCAUCUCGCGGCCUCGUCACAUCAAGCUUCUUGACCUCGUGGCACCGCUAGUUUUGCCCAAGCAUCGAGACGCUUUUGAUGUCGAACGGCGCAUCUGGCAGUUUGCCACCAACCCCCCCUGCCGCUUCGACCAGCUGCUGCAGCUCGAUGGUGCUCAGGCUGGCCAGCUGCUGGUUGUCACAUUACGCCGCUCGUCCACCCGCCUGCCCCUGGGCUUCUCUGUGAACAUCCAUCAGCACUUGCCCAUCGUCACCCGCGUUGACCUGGGCUCACCGGCAGCCGCUGCCGGCUUGCGCGAGGGAGACGUCCUUCUGGUUCUGAAUCAAGCGCGCUUGGCCGGAACAUCGCGCGCAACGGCGGCUGAGCAUCUCAAGCACCUGCUUGCGACGUGUAAAAAAACAGUGCGCUUACUCAUUCUUCCCAGCGGCGCUGCUGCUCGUGCCUCUGCCACUCGUGCCUCAGUCGCGGCACCCCAGAAAAAUACCUCGAGCCAGAAACUGGCGACCAAGCCCGCAACCCGCCCCGCCCUGGCUGAUCUUGGCAAUCGCCAAACCUCACCUACCAAGGCUGGUCCCCGCACACAUGAUGACUGGGCCUCCCCUGCACCGUCGGCUCGCUCCGCUGCCUCCAAAGGCAGCUCUGCUGCAGCCAGUCACACCAGCACGACCCCCAACCACGACAUUGUGAUCCCUGUCCUGAGUGGACAGGCGUUGGGCUUCAACAUUGCGGGUGGUGCAGAGUAUCAACGACCUCUCAUUGUCAGCCAUGUUCAUCGCAAUUCGCUCGCCUACGCUGCUGGCCUGCGAACUGGGCAGGAAAUCGUGACGGUCAACGGGGCCUCAACGAGUGGCAUCCUACACUCAGUUGCCGUGCAGCUGAUUCGUGAGCGCGAGCACCUGCGCUUGCAGGUCCGCCGACGCUUUAGGCCAACUUCCAAUGAUGCCCCCACCAACGCACCCGCUGCCCAUUCUUCACAGUCCCAGCCCCAACAGGCACCCAAGAGUGCAAGCAGCAGUCGCCCCGUUAGCCCCAGUCGCUUGGCUCUGGGCUCCUCGAGUCACACCAGCCAUGAUCGAGCCAAGCUUCCUGUCACUCGGGUAGCACCCGCAGCCCCGGGCCACACCUCCCCCCGCCACAUUGUGCCAAGCCCCACGCGUAGUACCCAGCGACUUCGGGUUCGGAUUCCUGGCCUGAGCCGCACGCGGGGUCAACACCACAUUUCCAGCGGCCCGCGCAGCCCUGUUCGACAGGCUUCGCCUUUGCGCGGAGCUUCCCCGCGUCGUUCCCGCCAAGCACGCAUGCAACACUACCUAUUGCCUUCGCCCAUGUCCUCUGCAAGCAGCCGUGGCAGCAGUGGACCCCGCCUUCAUCGAGCAAGGCACAUGGCGGCCAACAUGCUGGCACUGCCGGGAUCUAUGACAAACCACUCACCAAUACGUCACCGCGUGGACUUUGACGAGUCCUUCUCCCCUACUCGGACCGUGGGCGCGGUGCGCCUAAACCUCACGCCGUCACCUCCACGGCAGGCGCCGCCGCCACCACCAUUGGCCAUGUCUUUCCUGGAACCAGAUGACCGUGACGCCUUCAGCGACAGUGACUUUUCGGAUUUUGAGCCCAUGGGCGAAUCAGAGACUGAUCCUCACAGCCCAGCACCCGGUCCGGCGCUGCCGGCCCCAGGGCGCACGGCCAGUGUACCGCCUGCUCCACCAGCACCAGCACCACCAGCACCAGCACCAGCACCAAGACUAUCGUCGAGGCAACCGCUGGUGCAACCGAAAGCAUCGGGUCCGGCCCAACACGACCUGCUCGAUCAGAUUCGUGGUUUUAAACGUCAAGCACUGCGGCCGCCUAUGGAGUCCAAGCUUGAGGAGCCCGCCACCCAAAGCGCUAACCCACUCAUGGCUGAGUUGCAACUCGCACAAGCCCGUCGGCGAUAUGCUGGUGCAUCCAUUGCGUUGGCCGGACCAACGUCUGCUACGGCCUCACCGGAACCGUCUGGUGUACAGCGUCGCCCCCUUGCUCAAGGAGGCCAAAAAACCAUGGCACCAAAGGUGCGCGCCUCACAAGUGGUACCGGAUCAAUUGCCAGCUCCAACUUUGUCAGCAGCCACCUCAAUCAGCGCUUCUGUGGUGCCGGCUCAGAAGGGCAAGCACGAGGACGCCCCAGUCUCUGCCACUGACGUCGCACCGCAGCGAGUGGCACUGCGUCCGCCGCCGGUCCUCAAACCAAGUCCUGCUGCUAGCACAAGUGCUGCAUCACAGACUCGCAAGCAGCCGCCACCUCCGCCCCCACGUGUUCGCUCGCGUUCAGGUUCCUUGUCGCAGCCUCUGACCCCUACAACACACAAUAUCACCCCAUGUGCCGGGCCCAUGUCGGCUGCGCGCCGCACCCCGACGCCAUCAGCUCCCCCACCACCUCCCCCCCGCGUUCGAACGCAAGUGGCACCUCAAGCACCACCGGCUGCUGCUGUGCUUCCCUCAUCUCAAGGAGCACAAGCCAGACACGUCAAUGUUUAUACUGCACCCCCUGCGCCGCCCGUGCCCCCUGCGCCGCCUGCGCCACCCAUGCCCAGGACAAUGGCGUCCGGCAAACAGGGCAGCUCUUCGUUGACUGUUGAUCUGCAGGGUUUUGAUCGCCAAAACCUGCAGCCGGUAGGUCAACAAGCCGCCCGACCGGUGUCAAUGCGAGACCAAGUGCUACAAACCAUUGCUGACUUUGACACAACGCGGUUGCGGCCAGCACCGGCACCCCAGGCUCCAAUGUCAGCGCCUCGCGACCAGGUUUUGACAGCAAUCCGAGCGUUUUCAACUUCCAGCCUUCGCAAAGCCCCCGUGGUUGCACCUGCCGCAUCGCGUGAUCCACACUCUACUCUUAUGACUGCCAUUCGUGCUGCAGCUGAACUACACCCCUUGAAGCAAGUGAGCUCACCGGCCAAAGACGCGCAAACCUCUUCUACGCCACAGCUUAGCCCACACGAGACUGUCUUGCUCGAAUUGCGUCACGGCCGCCAUCAGCUGAAGGCAACAAACUUGCAGGCAGUACAGUCCAGACCUCGGAGCCCACGAAGCUCUGUGCUGACAGAUAUUCGCGACUUUCAGUACAACAGCCUACGGCGCCCAACUACGCCUGUCCGAGUGCCUGUCAGCCCCAAGGCUGGCCUCGUGUCCUCUUUCAACGCCGCGCUGGCCGAAAAGUUUAAAAACUGUCGGAGCCCACGCCCGGGCGCGGCGCAUACUGAUGCUUGGGAUGUUACUUCGUCUCCGUAA